AUGACCAAGCGGAAAGUUACCGACAUUUCUAAGGACGACUGUCCCAUAUGCCAAGACUCUCCCAUUGAUAGGAAAAAAAAUAGUGGAGAAAUAAAGACAGAAGACGAAGAAAGCGAUGAUGAUAGCGAAAUGAGUCUUUCCUGGAUACAGUGUUCCUUGUGCUUUCAAUGGUACCAUUCAUUGUGUGCCAAGUUGGAUGAAUCCCAAAUUGAAGAGUUAAAAUCAUAUCAUUGUCAGAGCUGUGCUCCCAAGCAUGGCCCUCUGAUAAUACGGCGUAAGCUGGCCAGAACUAGAGUUCUGAUUGACUAUGUUGCCUUAAACGAGGGAAACAAAUUUGCAAUCGAUAAGCUGGUGCACCCACACAUUCAAUCGUUUCAAAGUUUCCAAAAUGAACUACCAGCUGGUCAAUCUCCUGUGACGGUUUUGUCGAAUAUAUCAAAACAGUAUGUUCUCACCAAUAAACUCACUAAACCAGUACACAUACCUAGUGCUGACCUCGACUUGGUGGGCAUGCAGUUGCCGGUUGAUCGAGAAAAGAUAACAGUGCCGUAUGUUUCUAAACACAUUGGUGAAGACACUCCAGUGGAAGUAAUGGACGUCCUAACACAGCAAGGAGUAAAACCAAGCUGGAAAUUAGCUCAAUGGAGAGAUUACUUUAGCAAAGAGGAAAGUAAUAGAGAUAGGAUUAGAAAUGUUAUCUCGCUUGAGAUUUCCCAUCUGGAAGAACUAGGUCAAAAAUUCCACAGACCAGAAGUUGUGAGAGAUAUGGAUAUAGUAGAUAAAAUAUGGCCAAAAGGUUUCAACAAAGAUAAUCAAGGGGAAGAAGAGUCCAGACCAAAAGUAACCAAGUACUGCUUAAUGAGUGUAAAGGGUUCCUUCACUGACUUCCACAUAGAUUUUGGUGGUACAUCAGUGUAUUAUACUGUGUGCUCCGGAUCUAAAGAAUUUCUAAUGUUUCCACCCACUGAUCAUAACUUAAAACUCUACAAAAACUGGUGCCUUGAGCAAGAUCAGAAUUUCAUGUGGUUGCCAGACUACAAUAAAGAGAGCAGGUCUGGGCCGAUAACUGGGGGGCUAAAAGUGAAGUUGAAUGUUGGAGAUUUGUUCAUGAUACCCAGCGGUUGGAUACAUGCCGUAUAUACUCCAGAGGAUUCAGUGGUUAUUGGUGGGAACUAUCUAACUCUUUCGGAUCUUAAAAUGGAAUUGAAAAUCAAUGAAAUCGAAAAGCUCACUAAAGUCCCUGCAAGAUUCAGAUUCCCUUCUUUCAACAAAGUAUGGUGGUUAACGAGCUGGUAUUAUUAUAAUAACCCCGAAAUGUUGAAAUUGGAUUUAGUACCCAACGUCAAAGAAGAAUCAAAUGAAAAAAUAGAAGAUUCGGACGUCAUACCAAAGGAUAUUAUAACUAACCUCAUUCUGCACUUGGUACUGCACUAUGAUUUGAGUAAGACAUAUAGACCUGCAAAAGGAUCGAUCCCUUACAGUUUAAUUGGUAAGAGCCCAAGUGAGUAUUUGGAGAAGUUGAUGAAAUGGCGUGACGCCUUAUAA